AUGACUACCGUUACCCCGACACAAGCAUUUGACCUUAUCUCUAGCGAGUUAAGAACUAUCAUGAGUGAUCUACAUAAUACUACACAUAUGGGCACUAAUAUUCAACUUAGGUCAUAUCACCUACCAUGUGAAAUUAAAAUUCCGUUAAAAGAAGUGUGGCGUGAACUCCAGAGGGCUAGUCGUUUUGAGGAUCACACUGUUGCGAUGACUUACGCUUUCUUUUUGUGGGAAUUAUUAGAAUCAGUAACUAAAUCGGAAAGGAAUUAUUAUAUUAAAAAAUUAGAAAUUACCAAGUACUUCGCUUGUCUUCCUCAAUAUACUACAAAUAUGCUAGAGGCAUCUAGUUCAACUAUUACGUCAGACUCAACGCCGCCUCCAUAUAAUUACGGAAUG